GCGGGGCCCGCUGAGGGCGGGAGCGCUCGGUCGUGCCGCCGGUCGCGGUGCCGCCGGUCGCGAUGCUCCGUCGGAAGCCGACGCGGCUGGAGCUGAAGCUGGACGACAUCGAGGAGUUCGAGAGCGUCCGGAAGGAGCUGGAGAGCCGCAGGAAGCAGCGCGACGAGGCCGAGGCGGCGGCGGGCGGAGAGGAGGCGGCGGCGAUCGGAGCGCUGGGCACGGAGCACAAGAGCCGCGAGCAGCUCAUCCAUGAACGCAUCGGGUACAAACCGCAGCCCAAGGCCGGCGGCCGCACCGCGCACUUCGGCACCUUCGAGUUCUGAGCGGGGCAGCCCCGGUACCCCCGGCAGCCCCGGCCCUCUCAGCCGGACGGGCCGCUCCGGGCGGGCCUCGCUGUCUCCUCUCCGAGCUGUUCCAUUUUUGUUUUUUAAGUUUGGUUAACACGGCCGUGAAGGCCCCUUUGCCGAGUGUUUUGUUUUAAAUAAACACUUAUUUUUUAUAAUAAAGUGAUGAUAAUCCCACGA